AUAAACCACUCUCUCUCUAGAGGCCUCUCUCUCCUCUUUCGCAUUCGUCAUUACAUUUCUUCGGGGCUUUCUCUCUCACAGUAGAAACCCUAGAAUUUUGAAAGCAUCUUCGAGGGAACCGCAAAGAUAGAUCACCGAGAAAUGCAGCAUCAGAGGCUGAAGCAACAACAGGCCUUGAUGCAACAAGCAGCUCUACUUCAGCAACAGUCCAUGUACCAUCCUGGCCUCUUGGCUGCUCCUCAGAUUGAGCCAAUCCCAAGUGGAAAUCUGCCUCCUGGGUUUGAUCCAAGUACAUGCCGCAGUGUGUAUGUGGGAAACAUCCAUACACAGGUGACAGAACCGCUUAUUCAGGAGGUAUUCUCGAGUACUGGUCCUGUAGAAGGCUGCAAGCUUAUAAGAAAGGACAAGUCAUCCUAUGGGUUCAUUCACUAUUUUGAUCGUAGAUCAGCUGUGCUAGCUAUAAUGUCACUUAAUGGAAGGCACUUGUUUGGGCAGCCUAUCAAAGUUAAUUGGGCAUAUGCUAGUGGACAAAGGGAGGACACAUCAAGUCAUUACAACAUUUUCGUUGGUGAUCUCAGCCCUGAGGUUACUGAUGCUAUGCUAUUUGCGUGCUUCUCUGUUUAUCCUAGUUGCUCUGAUGCAAGGGUUAUGUGGGAUCAGAAGACUGGGCGUUCAAGAGGGUUUGGAUUUGUUUCCUUCCGGAAUCAACAGGAUGCUCAGAGUGCGAUAAAUGACUUGACUGGUAAGUGGCUUGGAAGUAGGCAGAUACGUUGUAACUGGGCUACAAAGGGUGCUGGUCUUAAUGAUGACAAACAGAGUUCAGAUGCCAAAAGUGUGGUGGAAUUAACAAAUGGUUCUUCAGAAGAUGGCAAAGAGACGGCAAAUAAUGAUGCUCCUGAGAAUAACCCCCAAUACACAACCGUAUAUGUGGGCAAUCUUGCUCAAGAGGUCACUCAGCUUGAUCUCCAUCGCCACUUCCAUGCUCUUGGUGCUGGAGUCAUUGAGGAAGUCAGGGUCCAGCGUGAUAAAGGAUUUGGUUUUGUUAGAUACAGUACCCAUGCAGAGGCAGCUCUGGCCAUUCAGAUGGGAAAUACACAGUCGCUUCUCUGUGGCAAACAAAUUAAGUGCUCAUGGGGCAGCAAGCCCACUCCACCAGGAACAAGUUCAAAUCCACUUCCCCCUCCUGCACCUGCACCUUUGCCUGGUUUUUCAGCCACUGACCUUUUGGCCUAUGAGCGGCAGAUAGCAAUGAGCAAGAUGGGUGCCGUGCAUGCCCUCAUGCAACCCCAAGGGCAGCAUCCCCUCAAGCAGGCAGCUAUGGGAAUGGGUGCCGCCGGAGCCAGCCAGGCUAUUUAUGAUGGCGGUUUCCAGAAUGUUGCUGCUGCCCAGCAGCUCAUGUACUACCAGUAAUAUUAACAGAGUGCCAUUAUGUCGUGAAACCUUUAUUUGCUGGCUUUCACAGAUUUGAGUUUUAAACUUCUAGGGAGCUUUCUGUUGUUUCUCUUUUCUUGAGUGGAGGAGGGGUUACCCAUCCUUUGCAAUUUAUAUGGACACGUAGCAUGUAUGUUAUUUUGAUUGCUAUUAUGUAGGGGUGAGGGAAUAUAAUUAUUAGCGGGAAAUGGCUGAUUAGUUCAGACAAUGGCUUGUUUUCUAGUAGUUAAUAUCUUUACAUCUACUUUUUAAAUGAGAAUUUUAUGUCGGAUUCUGUGGUA